AGUGUUUCGUUAACCACAAUGAGUGGAAGGUGGCGUUUCGUUGUUAAUCGAGCCGUUGUGGUAAUGCUACUAGUCGGACAUUUCCCGACGAUACAGACAGCAGUGAUCGGAAAUCAACAACAGCCGUGUACUACAAGCAGCAAUAAAGCUGGUUAUUGCAUGCCGAGUUGCCCUGAGCAGGAAAUUGUUGAUCUGCGGACAAGUGCGUCUUGCACUGGUGACUCUCGGUACUGUUGCCCAAUAGUGGAUAAUAAUCCAGCAUGGAGAACAAAAGCACAAUAUACCGAAUGUGACAGUAAUAGAGGAUAUUGCGUGAAAAAUGGCAUGUGCAGUGUUCCUACGUACCGAUUUCGCUCGAACAGAUGUCCAUCGUUCGAGGAAAUUUGCUGUCCUAAGGGUGCUUUCCAGGAAGAGUCUAUUUCAACUCAAAUCGUUAUUACUACUGCUUCUUCCACAACUACUACUACUACUACAACUACUGUUGCUACUUCCGAUGUAACUACCACUGCUACUACUCCAGCAGGUACUAUUAUGGACAUUACAAAUCCGGAACUGGUCACUUCCUCAAUGACUACCAUUAAAAUGGAUUCUUCUCCAUCCACGACACCUAUCUCCACUCGUCCUUAUGAGGAUUGCAUUGAAUGUGAGGCAAUGGAACCACCAUUAUCCACAACCGCAACAUCGUCUGAUUCGCAGAGCAUAACAGGGACGGCAACCGAAUCCGUUUUUUCGACAAUGAAUCCAACUUCAGAUUGGCCUAGCUCCGUUACAGCCCCGACCACUGAAAAGUCAGAUACCAUAUCCAACUUAUUGCAGCAGUUCAGGCCGGAAAACUUUACCUACCAACACUGCGGCCAAAGAAACCCGCACGGUGUUGUAGAGAGCACGAUCGACCAAGAUUCACGUGCCGAGUAUGGAGAAAUUCCUUGGAUGGUCGCACUAUUGCAGUUACCUGAUAAACGCUACUGCUGUAACGGUGCCCUCAUUGAGAAAAAUGCCAUCCUAACAACAGCCCACUGCAUAACAAACUGUGGGGGAUGGGCGUCGGAGAUAGUGGUGCGAGUUGGUGAAUGGGACAUGAGGUCAACCGCCGAACAGGUGCUUCCACGACUGGACAUUGGCGUUAAAAGAGUACACUUGCAUGGCGACUACGUGAAGUCCUCACUGAUCAACAACAUUGCCUUGCUGGUGCUGAACGAAUCGGUACAAUACCAAGCCACUGUACAGCCAGUUUGCUUGCCAUCGGCGGAGUACAAAUUGAGGAGCCGUGAGAACAUGAUCGCUACCGGAUGGGGUGCCAUGGUUGAAGCGAACGCUACACUCAACCAAACACUGAAAAGACUUGAUCUACAAAGCGUGGAAACGAGUAUCUGCAAGAAGGAACUGAAAACGGAAGAGAGGCGAGCGUUUGAUUUGCACCAUAGCUUCGUAUGUGCUGAUAUCAAUCAUAAGGAAAAGGAAAGACCAUGUAUAGGAGACGCUGGAUCUCCAGUUGUGGUCGAGAUUCCAGGUAUGGUUGAUCGCUACUACCUGCACGGCUUGGUAUCGUGGGGUUAUGGAUGUAAUCAGAGCCGGAUUACGUACAUCGUACUAACGCACGUGGGCCAUUUUCGAAAUUGGAUCGACGGCAUUCUUCAGUCCAUGGUAAAAAAAAAUAGAAAGGGAAAUUCAAGGGGCAAUAAAUAA